AUGAUUGCCCAGUUCCCCAUCGAAUCCACAACGUCGCCAAUUUCCCUUUUAAAGACUUUUCGCGGGCUGGGCGGAGUCCGCGAGACAUGUUCCGUUGAUGAUAUGAACUCGGAGCGUCGGAGGAUUGCAUCAGAUACGCCGAAGGUCCAGUUGAUUUUGUUACAAUUUGUGGAUGCUCUGAACACUCCGGAUUAUUGCGUCAGAUUGGGAUCACAAAAGAAGUCAAAACAUCUGGGGACACGGUGA